AUGAGAGGGAUAGGAAAGAAGAAGAUAUGGUGUCGUUGGAAAGUGCGAUUUUUGCUUGAAAAAGAUGGAAAGGAAGAGAUUCAUGGGGCCAAAGCUGCUACUGGUGAGCCAGCCACAGUCUCCCAUCACCUUAGGCUGGAGGAGAAAAUGUAUCGAUUUGAUUAG